AUGUCAAGAUCAAUAGAAAUAACUUCAAAUGAAAAGAAUUUUCUACAUACAGCCCUCAAGAAUGGGAUCAGACUAUCAUCAAGAAAAUUCAAUCAAUUAAGAGAUAUUGAAAUAUAUUUAUCACCAACUGAAUAUGGAUAUGUUGAAGUAAGUUGGGGAAAAUCCAAAAUAUCAGUAAAAGUAAGUGCUAAAAUUGUAAAACCAUAUGAAGAUAGACCAUUUGAAGGGAUAUUCAAUAUAAAUAAUGAAAUUAGUCCACAAGCUUCUUUAAGAUUCGAUACAACUCAAAAAACUCAACAAGAUGAAAUUUUAAUAUCAAGAAUAAUUGAAAAAUCAAUAAGGAAAUCAAAUAGUAUAGAUUUAGAAAAUCUUUGUAUUAUAGCAGGUGAAAAAGUUUGGGAAAUUACAGUUGAUUUAAAUUAUUGGAAUUAUGAUGGAAAUUUUAUUGAUUUAGGUUGUUUUGCAACAAUGUUAGCUUUAAAUCAUUUUAAAAAACCUGAUAUUACUAUAAAUCAAGAUCAAAUUAUUAUACAUGAUUUAAAUGAAAGACAACCUAUUUCGUUGAGUAUAUUACAUAAUCCUAUAUGUUUAACUUAUUCAUUUUUUAAUUUAAAUUCAAAAGAAAUGAAUAUUAAAGGUGAAGAAAUAACCAAUACAAAUAAUAUUGAAGAAGAGCAAAAUGAAGAAGAAAUAUGUAUAUUAGAUGCAGAUGGACAAGAAGAAAUGUUAAGAGAUGGGUCAUUAACUAUAACAUUAAAUAAAAAUAGAGAAAUUUUACAAUUAAGUAAAAAUGGUGGAUUACCAAUAAAUGCAGAAAAAUUAUUAGAUUUAUGUUUUCAAAGUAUGAAUCAAAUAGAUUAUUUAACUGAAUUGAUUAAAACUAAGAUAAAAGAAAAUGAAGAACAAAGGUAUAAAAAUGAAAAUUUUAAAUUAUUAGAAUCAAGUGCAUCAAGAUAA